AAAAAGCACGGUAUCAAUCAGUCUAACCUUCAAGAAUCAAGAAACGUAUAUGGGCCAUCCCUCUAUAAAACCACAGGAUAUUGUGAUUUUGGUUAGCCAAGGAAAGGAUUCUUGUGUCGGCUAAAUAUAACCGGUCCCAUCAAAGAAGAGCAGCAAGGAAGAAAGAAACCAUCAAGAAAUUGCCCACCGACGCCUAAUCUUAGUCGCCCUCGUUAUAACCCCAUCAUACUCUUCCCUAUCUUCAUAUCCAUACAUAUCUCCACCGCCGCCGCCGCCUGCAAGGACGCUGUGAUAUAUAUAAUAUAUACACACACCAUCACUUUAUGGGGAAUUGCGUGUUUAAAGGAUUUGGAGUGAUGGAAGUUCAAGAAAUGGUAAAAGUUGUAACCACAAACGGAGGCAUCAUGGAGCUCUUUGCACCCAUAACCGCCGAGUGUAUAACCAACGAGUUUCCAGGCCACGCCCUAUACCGAAGCCCCGACCUUUUCUCUCCGCCUCUCCUCCACAAUGAAGAGCUCCACGGUGGCCACCUUUACUAUCUCCUCCCUCUCAAAACCAAUAAAAACUCCUCUACCACUACACGUAACAAUAACAUAAACUCCAAUGACAUGAUCGCUGUAAAUUCUUCUUCUUCUUCUUCGACGUCCAAACAGGUGCCUUACCGCAUGUCGUUUGAUAAUCAGAGAGUAGUGAAGCGAUCGGCAGAGGCAGAGGUGUAUCCUAGGUACAACAGUAGUGGGGUUUGGAAGGUGAAGCUCGUGAUAAGUCCUGAACAGUUGGCGGGGAUACUGGCGCAAGAAGCAAGAACAGAGGAGUUGAUAGAGAAUGUGAGAACUGUGGCCAAGUGUGGACAUGGGUUCUCUUCCUCUGUCGCUAAUUCUGAUCAAUGGAGUGUGUCUAGUAGCUGGAAAGGAUCGGCUGAGCCUGAGAAUAAUGGGGUUGAUAUAUAGUUACUAGUUACUGUAUUUUCUACAUAAUUAUAGUUUGUUAUGUGUAUCUCCAGACUAGGAUUAGUUAAUUAGCAAGCAUAUGACAAUAAUAUAUAUAUAUAACUCUCGAUUAGAUGUCUAA